AGUGAGAGUACGAUGAUGGGGAAAAUAAAAAUCCCAAGCAGAAGGGCACCAGCAAAUGAAGGCAGGGCCUCGGGCAAAAAGGAGGGCGCUCGGCGGUAUAAACAACCUCCGGGGCCUGCCGCCCUCCUCAGCCGGAGCCCGCGGCCUUCAGCGGGGCGGCGGCCCCGCGGUCCCACCCGGGCCUCCCGCCCGCCCUUUGUCCGCUCGUGGUUGCGCGGCGGCGUCGCCAAGCGACGGGCAAUGCGGGCGGCGGGGCCGGCCGUGCGGGAGCAGCCGGCCGUGCGGGGCGGCCGAAGGCAGCCCGCGGCCCGGGGCCGUAGCCAGGCGGGACGCCGCAAGGCGCAGGGGCGGCAGGCGGCCGCCAUGCCGGGGGAAGGCGGCGACAGGCGGGCGGGGGCGCGGAGAGGAGCGGCGCAGGGUGAGCUACAAGAAGCGAUUUCUGCUGAUGCAGCAAGGGAACAAACAGCUGUUUACUCAGAUGACUUUGAGAGUGAAGAAGUUGCCAUAUUAAACGGUAUUGUGGAGGAAUGUCGUAAAAGCAAUUCAGAUGCUGACAGCACUAAGAAAUCUGUUGCCUUUGAGAGUCCUCUCUCAGAUGACAGUGCAUCACAAAAAGCAGCUGACUUAGAAAAUGAAGGUGCUGAUGACUUGACUUUAUCCUUUCAUGAAAGGAAGCUUCAGCAAAAAACACUUUCAGAAAGUGAAAACAUACAAGAUGACAGAAUAAAUGAAGUGUGCUGUUUGGAAAGUAAAAAUGAAGACAAUGCCAGAAAAAAUAAUGAAGAGCAUUCAGCGGCUGAAUUACAAUGUCAUAUGAGUGAGAUUGACCACUGCAAUGAUUUGCCUAUGCCUGAACUAAAGAAAGAAAGAAAGGCCGUUAUGCUGGAUCAAAAGGAAAAGAAACCAAUACCAAAGCCAAGGGUGCACAAAACAAGAAAUACGUCAGCAUCAGGUGGCUGUUACAAAGCAUCAUCUCAACCAAGAAGUGUCUGGAGAAAAAGUGGCCCCAUGAAAGACAAUGAGUUUAGUAGGUCAGAAGAAAAAAUAACUUGUAGAAGUGGAUUGUCUUCAUUUUCGGCACCGUCAUCCUUAACUUCUCUGAAUACCAGAGCCUCGUCUGAGAAAGCAGUGCUUGCCGAAAACCCUGGUCCUGAAGGUCCAUGGCUAGAAAGUACUUCACCACCAUUUUCCAUUAAUUUUACUUCCCACAAUGAGAGAUCUGGAGAUUCCAAUUUACUGAUGUGUGAAGAAACACCACUUUCACAAGAUGAGAGGAAGGAUACCAGCCCCAGUGGCUUGAAACUGGAAGAUAAUAUUAACAAAACCCUUUCUGUGAUAGAAGCAAUGACCACGACAGCGUAUGAGAAAACAAAGAAAUCAGAGAAGUCAACAGAUGACAGUUCAGAUAAAAAGGAGAACAUUGUGCAAGAGCAAAUAGUAACUGGUACAGUACAGGAAGCGUCAGUAGAUGGUCAGUCUGAACAUGUGGAGUCGAAGAAUACUUCAGAGGACUUUGUCAAGAAACAAAGUGAAACAAAGGCGACAGUUCUACAAAAAUCAAAACCUUCAUCUUGCAGGUCUCUGUCUUCUGCACACUUAAAGAAAAAAGCAAAAGCUGUUCCAUCAGCUACAGCUGUUUCACCUCAAUACUUGGGAACAUUGAAGGUGUUGGAGAAUAAACACUUGCAGAAGAACAGUAGAGAAUUUGACAAAGCAGAUAGUUUACGAGCAGCUGUUUUCCAGAAUUGGCUGGAAAAGAAAAGAGCUUUACUACUGGAAUUAAAGAGAAAUGAAAAGAAAAAAGCUGAAAAUCUGAGGAUCAAUACUGAAGAGAAAGAAGCUGUUAAAAGAAAGGAAGCAAUUGCAUCUUUCGAAGCCUGGAAAGCAAUGAAAGCAAAAGAAGCAAAGAAGUUAAGUGAAAAAAAGAAGCUCGAGGAACUUAAGAAAAAGAAAGCAGAAGAACAGAAUGCAGAGAAAAUAGAAGCAGCACAGAAGGCAUUUGAAAAAUGGAAAGAAAGAAAAACAGAAUAUUUAAGAGAGCAAAGCAGAAAGGAAAAACAGUCUGAAAGAAUCAGGAAGAAGAAAGAAGAGGAAUUGGUUGAAGAAAAGAAGAAAGACAACGUAUCAGCAGUUGAAAAAUGGAAUGAAAAAAAGGAAGAAUAUAUAAAACAAAAGAAGGCAGAAAAAAUCCUAGAGAGAAGAAAGCAAGAAAUACAACAGACAAAGAAGGACGAGAAAGAUAAAAAGGCUAUUGAAGAAUAUGAAAGAUGGCUGAAAAAGACAGAGAGGAGAGAGCAGCUUGAGAGGAAGCAAAAGAAACUCCAGGCUGCCUGUGGGGAUGAAGUGCGUUCUCCCUGGAGUCCACCUGGUAAAGUCAUGUAUUCAAGGAAUUACUGAGCGGUCUAUUGCGUUCUAUGAGAAAAGAUCGUUUGCAAACUUCUGACAGUGAAUAGUCAUUUAUUUCAAUAACAGCUGCUUUUCACUGGAUCUGUAAUAGAAGUUGCAUCCUUUCUUUUUAGUUAGUAUGAUCUCUGAAGAUUGUUUGUCCUUUUCCAGUGCUUUAGCAAAUGCACUAAUUUUUGUAAUUCUGCAUUUAACUUAGUCUUGCUAAAUACUAUGUUACUUCAUUCCUUUUUUGUGGAAGUCUCUAUUCAGGCUAUGUGAGACUGGACCCUGGUCUUUUUUUUCACACAGUAAGUAGCAGUUUAUUUAGCAGAAUGGUUAUAUUUAAGUUAUUAGGCCGUAUUACUAUUCAGCAUGAGUAAUGACAGUAAUUACUCAAAAUGAGUGGUCAGUUGCAACUAUGCACGUUCAGAAUCAGGGAAAAAAGAGAAGGAAAGACUUAAGUGUUUGCCUUCAGAAAUGUUUUAGAGACAAUCUAUUUAUAAACCAUUACAAGAUGAUCAACAGGUGAUAAACAAUUCAAUAAAAGGGAAAGUACAAGCAAGGGAGCUAAAUUGUAUGUGCAGGAUGAAAGGACAGUAAUGCUAGAUGAUGUGUUUGAAAUGUUUCUCUCCCUUUAUCUGCAAGACCGGUUUCGAAUGGGUAAUGGAGAGGCAAAAGCAGCUCUUAUGUGGUAGGUAAGAGUGUAUUUGUGAAGAAAGUACAUGAUCAAGAAUGCUCCUGCCAUGAGGAAGAUGGGACUGGGGAGUUAAGUGUGGAAGAACUGUGGGGUGAAGGCAGGAGGAGGAUGGGGAAGGAGAUGUUAGCUGUCUUGUGGUAGAGCAAAGACAUAAAGCUAAGCAAUAUGGUGGGGAGAUGUUGUUUUCAUGCAUUAAGAGAUGAGCUGCAGAGAACCCUUUUAUUAUGUUACACUGUGAAAUACAAAAAUAACUUUUAAAUUAAAAGUACAUCAUGCAGAAACAGCCUUUCAUGGGGCCAAACCCAGUUAGCUAUGGGAUGGUAGAAAAGAAUUAAGCUGGAACUGGUGAAAUGUAAAAUGAUCUAGGGCUGAGACUGUAGCUGUUAAUUCUGUUUCAGGUAUUCAUAUGCAUUCCAUCUAUUUCCUGUUUCCUACAGGAAACAGCUAUUUUAGAAGCAUGUUUUGUUGUUCACACAAAAUCUUACAUAAAAACUGCAAGGGCAGAACAGUGGUACUCUUCUGAGGCAAUCUUAGGCACUGAAAAUGACUUUUCUGGAGCUUAAUUAAAAGACUUCUGUUGUUGUUUUUCCGUGAUCAAAUAAAUCCCUCCCAAACACAUUUUCAUCAUUGCUAAUGAGCCGGUUGCUGUAGUAAGUUAUUAAAACUACUUCUGUGUUUUUUUUUUGUUGUUGUUUUGUUUUGUUUUUGUUCCCAUGGCUAUUUGCCUCACUAUUUUGGAAUCAAUGGGAAGACUACAGAUCUUUAGAGAUCUUCACAUCUCUUAUUUGCCUACUGUCUAAACUCAGGCUGUUAUUUACGUGUUUUCUUACUUUAAUUUUAAUAAUCAUGCCAGAUUUGUUCCUCAAGUGAGUAUUCAAAAAAAGAAAACCAACGAAAAACCCUAGUUCAUAAAUUGAUGUAUUUUCUCAAAUGAAAAUCUUGCACUUGUUUAGACUGACAACCUCCUUGGGAAGUAAAAGGAGCAUUUGAGAAGUAAACUUGCACUUUUACACUCUUAUUCUGUUUAUAAAUUACUGAGAUACUCAUUAAUUCUGUAUUUCAUUUAAUGCUGGGGCAUCUUCUCAGAAGAGAAAAAACACAAGACUGUCAAACAGAGGAACUUCUUCAGUUCCUGACAUUGCUUGCUUGUUUGUUAUGUUUUAGUGAGAGCCACUGAUUAUUUAAAAACAUUUGUUUUGGCCAUAACUAUUCUAUUGCCAUAAUGCUUUGUAGGUGAAAUUUAUUGUUGGUGUAUAUGUAAAAGGGAAAUUCAGAAGGAUAUCUCCUUAUGGUUGAAUAUGGUUCUGUUCAUUAUUGUUAGUAUGCACUCUUGUUUUGUGAAUGCAUAAUUCAGAGCUUUGUCAAGUUUGACAGAAGUAGAAAGGUAAAUAUGUUAGAACAGUCGGUGGUGGAGUAGUUAUCAUCAUUAACCUAAUUUCUGUCAGUAAAUAAGGGUAAAGGAAGGCUUAUAAGAUGCACAGUUUUCUGUAGCAAAUCAUCUAUUCACUAUCUAAAGAAGUAUUUGCUAAUCCUGAGAACAGUUAUGAGGUUUCGCUAAUAGUUGUGCUGGAUUUGUGUACAGCCAAAUCGUCUGAUAGAUCCUAUUUGAUCCAUUGUGAGGAGUGGUUGCAGGUUUGAUAUGGCUUCUCCUAGAUUGGGGUGUAUCUUUACCCCAGAAUCAGGUUUGAGUACAUUGACUCAUAUUUUACACUACACAUCUUGACUUCCAGUUUCCUUGCCGGCACCUAAUUCAUGGUAGCCCUGCUGUGGUUUGCAAUUUUUUAGCGGGUCUCUGCUGGUCCUACCUCUUGCUUCCAGGUCUGUUUCUUCCCCAAAAGGUAAUUGUACUUGACCUGGCUUUUAUAAUUUUGUUUGUUUCUAACGUUUGCUGCUGGCAUGCUCACCCAGAAAUGUUGUGGCUGGAACAGUUUUGUUCUACUAAAGAGUUUGUAGUGGAGCAAGGGACCUUUAUGAUACCCGUCCUUUGAUUAUAUGCAGUCUGCAGGUAAUCCAGCAAAUCCAGACUUUUACCUGGCUUCAACUGCACUUUACUAGAGAUAAUACAGACAAAUGAAUAGAGAGGACUUUAAUCAACUCUGGGCCUGGCUUUGUCUGCACUUCCUGCUACCUCGUGGCAGGUCAGGCAUUUUUUCCAGCAGUAGUGGUAUGACAAUGACUGUGUUAGUAUCCAGAGAGAAGGCAAAAGUUCACUGCCCACAGAAACAUUGAAGAAGUUGUGGACAUGCACAGCCAGAGCAGCUUCAGUGGACAAUCUAAGAGGCAGGGUAAAAUUAUAUAUACCAGCAGGAGACGUAACAGAAUUACAGCACAGCCAGAAUACAACAGAACUGCCAGCUCAAAUUAGCCCACCCAAAUUUUUAGGGGUGGGGUGGAGUGGGGAGAGGAACGAAUUCAGGCAUUUAGGCUGGAGCAGUGAUGUGCAUUGUCUGCUAGGCUUUUAACACUAGGAGCCUUGAGUUCAGGUUUAGUCAAGAAACCGUAGCACUGUAAUUUCAUGGGAAAAUGAAAUGUAUAUGAGACAGGAGAUUUUUCUGUGCAGCUAUCAUCAGGAGAGACUGAGACAAAGCAUGGAGCCUGUGUGAAAUUUGGCAUGCUGAAUCAUCUAGAUCUUUAUUUUUGCAGUGUCCAGCUAGAGUAAGCAAGGCAAGUCCCUGUGCUGACAGGCUUGCAGUUGAGGGAUGCAAAUGAAAAGAUUGUUAGAGGUAGUGGCAGAGCUGGAAAAAGGUAUAUCACAUGCCUAUUGCUAAGCUGAAUACUGCACCAUUACUCACUUUAAGCUUUUAGAUGAUUGGAUAGAAAAUUUUUGACAGAAGAUACAAGUGGGAAGAUGUUGGUGACAUCCUGCAAAGGAGUGAUAUUCCAAAAACUCACAUAAAUUCACAGCUUUUCAGUGAGAAAAAAAUGCUGAAGAUCUGUAGACACACACAGAAAAAAAAAAGUUGGUACAACUCUGUGUUUGACUUUUAUAAUAAAAUUUUGCGAGCUUUGUCUAAUCUUGCAUUAUAAAACUUUGGACAUGUUAAUGCAUGAUGUAGAAAAAUGGAGCUGAGGUGUACAGGUGUGUACAGUAACUUAUAAAAAUGUAUUUAUUUAUAAAUCCUGUUAUGUUUACAGAGGGGAAAUAUUUAUUAAUAAAGUAUAUUUUAGUAUAAUGG